AGUCGUCCAUUUUCUUUUCACCUGCACCGGGCCACAAGCACAUGUGCUCCGGCAAAAACUAGUGAAAUAAGCGUGCAUUAGUCGAACGCACAGGAAAACAAGUUAGUGCAGCAACCGACGUAUCUAGGUAAAGUGACUAGGUGAAAGAUGAACAGCGAGAAGUUGAAGAAAUUGCAGUCGCAAGUGCGGAUCGGCGGCAAGGGCACCCCCAGACGCAAAAAGAAGGUGGUGCACUCGACACAGGCCACCGACGACAAGAAAUUGCAAUCGUCGCUGAAGAAACUGUCCGUGAACACCAUCCCCGGCAUCGAGGAGGUAAACAUGAUCAAGGACGACGGGACUGUGAUCCACUUCAACAACCCCAAGGCCCAAGCCUCCCUCGCCGCCAACACGUUCGCCAUCACCGGACACGGUGAGAACAAACAGAUCACAGAAAUGCUGCCUGGUAUCCUCAGCCAAUUGGGUCCCGAAGGCAUCACCCAGUUGAAGAGAUUGGCCAGCACCGUAGCCAAUGCUGGUGUCAACAAAAUUGCUCCAGAGGAUGAGGAGGAUGUGCCCGAUCUAGUGGAGAAUUUCGAUGAGGCGUGCAAGGCUGAAGUCGCCAAAAAGGAGACUGAGGACAAGCCCAAGGAAAACUAGGUCCAUUUGAAUGUCGCCUAGGCUUUAGUUCGUUUGCUGCGCGGAAUCUUCAGGGUGUUUGAACACUCUUCAAUUUUUUAUUCGGAGACAUACACUUGUAACCUAUUUGUGUGUUAUUAAUACCAAAAGUUUUUGUUAAAUUUAGACAACCAUGUGUAUAGAAUAUUUCUUAAAACAAAUACACUAUUAUUCUAAUAUGUUGGGUUAUUUUUUGUAAUAAAACACAAUAAUCCACA